AUGACCUGCCUACCAACCAGUUGUGAAAGCAGUGCCUGUAGCCCUCCUGGAUGUUCUCCAAUUGUUUCUGAUGUGUCCAGGUCCCAUCAAGAAACUAGCUUUCUUCCUAUCACAGCCCAUGGUUCCAGUUCCUGUCAGCCAGCAUCUUGUAGACAACCUUUGAGCUGCCAUCUUCUAAGUUACCAGUCCUUUGGCUCUCAAGCACUGAGCUACCUGGCCUAUGGGCUCCAACCCCUGACCUACCUGACCUAUGGUUGUCAAUCCAGGAACUACCUUUCCUAUGAUUGUCAACCUCUGAGAUACCUGCCCUAUAGAUGCCAACCUCUUAGAUACAUGCCUGACUACUACAGGCCCAUAAACUAUACAUACAGUGAUUUUAACCAUACUCCUCUUCCUUGA